AUGUCCCCUCUGCACAGGCCCCCCAGCUCUGCAAAGUCAAUUUCUACUCCAGGACAGGACCACUCCCUGCAGCUGGACUGCAAGGGGGAGGGCACGAUGGCCACGCCCACACUCCCCGCGACUGGCACGGCUUCGGCCCGGGUGCUGAAGUCUAGGCCCUCCAUGAUGAGCGCUGGUCUGCCCGAGGAGCCCGACCAGAACCUGUCCAGCCCGGAGGAGGUGUUCCACACGGGCCACUCUCGCAACUCCAGCUACGCCAGUCAGCAGAGCAAGAUAUCAG